UAUUAUAUGAGAUUACAUUCCAUAAAAUCAUAAAUCCUUUUCUAUUUAUAUACGAUACAAUGUCUUAUCAUCUCUACACCAUUCAAACCCACAAAAACAACUAAAAAAAUAAUAUUCUCAAAAAUGAAACCACAACAAACCAAAGUGAUGUUUUUCUUGUUAGCACUAAUCUCAACAUUGAUGUUCCAACCAUCGGGAGCUAAGGAUACGCCCCUCUGUCCGACAGCAGCGAUAGAUAACCAGCCUGGAUGUUUCGAUGCGUUGAGAUUAGCGGCAGGCGACGCAGAUUUCCGAUGGCUAAAUAAAGAUUGUUGCACGGCAGUGAGAACACUUCCUGAUUAUUGCUACUUGCUUGUUUAUCCUGGCAGAGCUUUCCCUAUUAAUAUCUUCAAAAGCAUUUGUAAUGGCAAGUUUCCUCCAUUACGUCAUUAGUCUCUAUCUUUAUAUCUUCAAAGGCAUUUGUAUUGGCAA